AUGGUCGGCGAAGGGAAGCCUCCGACGAGUGGAACUUCGCCUGUAGCUCAGGUGAGACCGAAAGGUGCGUUUUAUCAUUAAACUGAAAAAAAGUUCUAUUGAGGGAAAGUCAGAAAAAGAUUUUUUUAAAUUUUAUUUUUUUGUUAUAUGUAAAAAAAUAAGUUAAACGCCGUGCUUGGGACUUAUCGGAUAUUCUUUUUUGGUACCAGAAAUUGGAGAAAAAAAGAAAAAAACUUACCAGGAGAGAAGAAUUCGGCGAAAAUUCAAUAAAAAUUUCUUCAGAGCUUCCUGGUUCUAGAAAAAAAGAAAUUUCUAAGUUUUCAGUGAAAUGAAAAUCCUUAAACCUCGCCAAAUCCUCUAAUUUUUCUUUUCCAUUAGUAUUUUUUUCCUUUCUUAUCGUAAUUUCCCGUCAGAAGAAAGCUAAAUUAUUUUCUCGCAAAGAAAUUAUUUGACAGUUUUUUUGGGAAAUGUGAUGAAAUUCUAGAAAGGCCCUUAAAGUCUUUUGGUUUCUGGUAUAAGCAAAAUCGGAAACUUUUGAAAAUCUGGAGCUAAAUAGUUUUAAAAAAAGGCGUUAGUGAUUUUUAUCUUUAUUCAUUAGUUGACACGAGCUUUGACAUCGCAACUGAAACCGAAAGCUGAAGUUGAAACUUAUUUUUUCAGCAAUAUGGAGUUCAGCCAUUUCCAGUAGAUUACUGAAAGUUAAUAACCCUUUUCAUCAGAAUUCCAACUUGAUAGCGUUUUCCUCACUCCAUAAUUUAAAACAAAUAUUCUUCUUAUUCCGGGUUGAAAAUUUGAAAACUCUGAAAUUGUGAAAAACCUACUUUCAGGGGCACAAUCCGUACUCUCACUCGCACCAUCCGGCAAGUUUCGGCCCGAGCACCACAACCACCAGUGGCCGACCACCGCUCCCCAACAGGUUACUAUACUUGAAGCUUGUUUUUGAAAUGCAUGGGGAUUCUGAUCUAGUCGAGUAUGCCUUUGUUACCGCGAAUAUUUUCUUGGCUAGAAAAAGCUGCCAGUAUUCUUCAGCACGCUUCUGAAGUCUCAGAUGAACUGGAGAUUUUUCUCUGCUGCCAAAAAAAAGCCGAUUUCUCUUCUGACAAUGAUAGCUUUUUUUGAGUUCAAGAAGCCCUGGAACAGUUUAAUCAAAUUACAACCGUGCACUAAAGAGGUCCCCUUGUGAGGCGCCAAAAAUUGACGCUAAGGUUUGGCUUUUGGUGAACAGACUAAAUCGAACAGUUGUUUUUCCGACUGCCAUUUUUCAAGUCGAGCACAACCUGGCUAUCAAGCCUCAAUUUGUUGUUUUUUCGCGUCUCAGGUGCCAAGUGUUGUAUGUAAAAGUGACACGAGAUGCAAAUGUAGCGCCGUUGCGUAACAGCUGUCUUUUCGUGACGGCGCUCGUAGCAGUUCCAGCCGUUAUAUCAUAUAUUCGGUGCAUAAUCCUCGAACCCUCGAGGCAUGCGUCACGUCUUGUUGUUUAGUCUGUCAUGAACUUUUGCUGCAAACUUUACUCGGGUAUCUACUCACCCACUGUUCGUCGUAUCCCUAUCAGCAAGGAUGAGGAUUUUUGGUAUGCUUCCUUAACUUUUGGAGACAUGGUAACUUUUAGCUUUGAGUCGCGACUGCUUGAUCGUAGUUUCGCACUGACAAAAACCAAGAAGGUCUUGCAACGAAAUGUCUUUUCUAGUUGUAAUGCAAACCGUUUUCCUCCUAAAAGCCUGGGUAUUUUCCAGUAGAAAGCUUUUAUUUCAAUCGAAUUAUGUAUUUUGUUGCUUUUAGUCAUAACCUUAAUUGACUAGGCGGUGGACAAGAUGUUUUCAAGUUAUAACGGUCACCCGUUUUUGGCAAACUAGAAGUAGUCGAAAAAAUUGAAAACAUAACUUUAUGGUCCGUCCUUCGCCUAUUUUUUUCGCGCUUGGUUCAUCCAGUUGCGCCUUUAAGAACUCAGAAUGAAUAGGUUUUAGUAACUGGAGCGCGGAGACCUUUUUCUGGGCCGAAGCCUCAAAAUGAGAGCAGCAACUUUGCAUUAGGACUUUACACGGAAUGAAACGACAACUUUUAGCUUUAGAUGAUAUUUUUUUUUGAAUUGGCAAGGCUUUCUGGUCGGAAUUGAAAGAACUUCAUUUUUUUCAAAACAAUAAGUUCAGGAUUCUGUUUCUCUCAAACUUUUAUGCACUUUUCUUCCAGUGUGGUUAUGCCUUUAUGUCAAAAAAAUUUCGCCAGAGCGUUGAGUAAAAUCUUCCAUUUUUCUUCAAGUUUGUACUCUUUUUAUAGAAAAACAUGGUUUUUUUGACCGACAGCUAUGACUUUUCAAUUUCGACUAUUUCAUCUUCUCAUGAAAAACAACAGGCUGUGAAUAAACUUUUUAGAGCGUUUUUUUUCUAGUUAGAUAAAGCUUGAUUUGUACAGAAGUAUUUAGUUAUUUUGGUUGCGUUGUAACAUAAAUAAAAGGUGAGAAAUUACAAGAACUGUGACUAUACCUUUUUCUGCUGAUCCGGAUAAUCUUUUGAUUUAUUUUCGAACUGUUGCUGGGUAUUCAAAAUUGAGUCUUGACCAUUUUCUGAUAGUAAUUGAUUUUUUUCAGUUUUUGGGCAAAGUACUUUGCCAAGAAGUUCCUAUUGUUAUUUAUCAAUUCAUUUUGUUUUCCUUAUGGGCGGCGCGAAAUAGUUAUCUUUUCAUUCCAAGCUGAAUAACCUGAUAAUAAUGGAAAGUAUAGUCUAAUUUCGAAGAGGAAAAUGACUUUUUUCAGCAUGCGAGAAGCACCGUAUCCGUCCGCAGCGACACCUACGGCCCGAGCACCUCAGAACCUGCCGGGCCAGCUGGACCCAGGUAAUCAACUUUGAUUGAAACCGUUUUCACAAAAAUUAUUUCGGAAGAAUAUUCAAAACUUGCACCGCUUAGCUAUGCUGCACGUUAUGCGACCAAAUUUCAGUUUCCAAUGAGAUGAGAGACCUCGUUCAGGUUCGCUGUACGAUCCCUCACGACGACGAGUCAGCAAGAACGGAGCCGGAAGCGCUAAUUCGCUCCUGAAGCAAGCCAUCGCCAACCGUCUCAAGCCGAAUGUCGUCGAGAAGGAGAAUCCAGCGCAAUCGGAUACUUCUCCACCCGAAGCGGCCAAAAUCCGCAGAACCGACUCUGAAAUGGCUAAGAGUUUACUUUUGAAUCCGGCUUGGUAUCGAGACAGCCUUGGAAGAACUGGCUACAAGUCCAAAGAGUGGGAGAAGGCUCUGAAUGCUCAGAAAGACGUCGUCAAGGACAACAAGAAAGCAGCUGGUUCUCCUACUUCCGAAGAUUCAGAGAUAAAGCGCAUCGAUUCUGAUCUACUACUAAACGUGAAGAAAGACGGAAAACAGAAAUCGAAAAAAACCGGCGAGGAAAACCAAAGCUUCGAAGAAAAAAAGACAACUCCUGUUCUUGAAAGAAAACUAUCAAAAGAAGAGAAAAAAGAAGCCAAAAAUAGAGAGAAAGAAGAAAAAAAGAAAGAAAAAGCCGAGAAAAAGGCUAAGAAAGAACUAGAAAAAUUAGAACGCAAACUACGUGAAGCGAAAGCCAAACAUGGAGAUAAAGCUGAGGACAGCGGCAGUACGAGUGAAUCUGGACACGCAGAAAUCAAAAAGCAACAAGUCGAACGGUCGACGGCAGAGGCAACUAUCAAGGUCGAUUCAAGUAAAGAAGGAAGGAAUAAGAAAGAGCGGAAAAGCGAGAAAACGGGCAAAGUUCCUCGAUCUGAUCGGGAAACUGCAGAAAGUCAAGACUCCAAUGAAUCUUCCGACUCAAGCCAGCCAUCACGAAUCACUAUCACGGAAAAAAGAGAAAAUGAUGAGACAAGUAGAAACUACCGUGAGAGAAACCCGAAAAACCGUCAAGCUACCAGAGAGCCUCACUCUACUAACAUUGGAGACAGACGCGACUCUUCCUUCUCGGAGGCUUCUAGAAUAUCUGGAAAUUCUCACAAAAGUGUCAAAUUCAGCGACAAGGUGCAAAUGCGAGAGUUCGAAACGCGGAACAGAGGCUCCAGCGAAGACGAAGAUGAUGAUUUCGAGGCUGAAGACGAUGACGUGGCGAUAAUGAGCGAUGAUGAGAUGUCCAAGCCGGACUCGGAAAGGAGACGUCGACUGGUGAAGCUGCUGCAGAUGCAGCAAGAAGAUGAACGCCACAUGACUCCUCUCAGUCAAGACAUCUACGACGAGGAUCUUGAAGACUUCGAAGAACAAGAAAGACUCGCUCUUCUCGCGAUGCAGCAAGGAUAUCAUCCGAAUCUAUACGACGAUGACAGCUCGUCACAGCGAAGUUAUUACGCAGAAGAUGUUGAAGACAGGUUUUACGUCAACGAAGAUGGCAGCUCGAUUCCACUGGACAAUCUUCCUUAUUCGGUCAGGCAAGCCAUCAUCGCUGAUUUGAAAGGUCGUCGAGGUAUCGACGAGCCUUUGAUGGGCUCCAUGAGCCGACUUCACGGCGGAGGAGAUUCAUCCGAUGGAUCUCUUGUCAGUUAUCCUCAUCUUCCUCGGUCCGCCAGCGGCUACUUCGAACCCAACAUGAACUACUCCUAUCAGGCGGCUUUAUACAAGCAGAAUCCCGCGAGCUACUCCAAUCAAGAAGAACAACCUUCUCAAGCGCCACAAAAAUUCUUGACGAAAAUUGCACAAGCAAACAGUGGGACAAUGCAUGCAAGUUACUAUGAGAAUGAUAUGAGCGGAACACCGAACUUCGUUGGAAGCGACAGAAAUUUUGCGGCUGGAAGUUCUACUUCUCAAUUAACACCGAUCCCAUCGUCUUCUCAAAAUGAAACUCCGAUGACUAGGAAACAAUUCUUCGCGUCAAUGGAUCAAACUUCCCCAUCGACUAGCAGACCUCCCUUUGAAUCUACAAAGCCUACCAAAUCUCAAAAAAAUGUGUCAAAUAGUUCGAGCCAAAGCGACCUUUCUCAUUCGCAUGACGCAGAAGGAAUUGCUGAAAAGGAAAUGCAGAAGAAGUUCGUCGCAAGGUUUGGUCCUGGCCGGAAAGCCCCGAUUGCACGAGAAGAAGAUCCAGCAGAUCCAGAACACAUGGGAAGUCGAGAGAGCGUUCUUUCCAGUGAUUCUCGAGAAUCUGUCGUUUCUGCCGCUUCCAUCAAAGCUGAAAUUCUAGCACGCCGUCAUUUCAACUAUUAACUCCUGCUUGUUUUUUAUUUGGUGAGUUGUGCUUCUGCCGGCUUGCUUUAAAAUAAUAACAGGGCAUUUUCCAAAACGUUAAAAAGUUUUUUUCGUGGCUUUGUAGCUCAUUGAUUUUGAACCAAAGCUGUCUAAGCUUUGGCCAUGAAAUUCUUUAUUUUCACUGCGACUUCAAGACAGAUUCCAAAUAAAAAGAAAAAAAUUGACUUUGUAUAGAAUUUUGUAUGUCUCAAAUUUUUGAACUGAAGCUUUUCUUUUGCAGCACUUCUGACCCGAUAGGCAAGCCGUUGUACGAACGCUACAAUUUCUCCGACAUGGACCGCAACUUGGCGGCUUUGGCGAAACCUCUGUGGGCGGGUACCGAGAAAGAAGACGCCGAACACGACGAAAGCAAUUCUUCUUGA